AACACCCCCACCCCCAUGUAUACAGCCGUGUUGCCGCCCGCUGUGCUAUGAGCAGUCAGAGAGCCGUCUCCACAAGAGUUUACAAAUGAAAAUGGAGGAAAUGUCUUUGUCUGGCCUGGAUAACAGCAAACUAGAGGCCAUCGCUCAGGAGAUAUACGCGGACCUGGUGGAGGAUUCUUGUUUGGGAUUCUGCUUUGAGGUACACCGGGCUGUCAAGUGUGGCUACUUCUUUCUGGACGACACGGACCCUGAGAGCAUGAAGGAUUUUGAGAUCGUGGACCAGCCGGGGUUGGACAUCUUUGGACAGGUUUUCAACCAGUGGAAAAGCAAGGAGUGCGUUUGCCCCAAUUGUAGCCGCAGCAUUGCCGCCUCCCGCUUUGCCCCCCAUCUGGAGAAGUGCCUGGGAAUGGGUCGGAACAGCAGCCGCAUUGCCAACCGCCGGAUUGCCAAUAGCAACAAUAUGAACAAGUCUGAGAGUGACCAAGAGGAUAAUGAUGACAUCAAUGACAAUGACUGGUCCUAUGGCUCGGAGAAGAAAGCCAAGAAGAGAAAAUCAGACAAGCUAUGGUAUCUCCCAUUCCAGAACCCCAAUUCCCCUCGAAGAUCCAAGUCUUUAAAACACAAAAAUGGGGAACUUAGCAAUUCGGAUCCUUUUAAGUAUAACAAUUCCACUGGGAUCAGCUAUGAGACCUUGGGGCCGGAGGAGCUGCGUAGCCUGCUCACCACGCAAUGUGGGGUGAUUUCUGAACACACCAAGAAGAUGUGCACAAGGUCCCUGCGCUGCCCCCAGCACACAGAUGAACAGCGGCGAGCUGUGCGGAUUUAUUUCCUUGGGCCCUCAGCCGUCCUUCCAGAGGUGGAGAGCUCACUGGAUACUGACAGCUUUGACAUGACUGACAGCCAGGCCCUGAUCAGCCGGCUUCAGUGGGACGGCUCUUCUGACCUCUCACCCUCCGAUUCAGGCUCCUCCAAGACGAGCGAGAAUCAGGGAUGGGGUCUUGGUACCAACAGUUCCGAAUCACGGAAAACCAAGAAAAAGAAAUCCCAUCUGAGCCUGGUAGGGACUGCCUCCAGCCUGGGCUCCAACAAGAAAAAGAAGCCAAAGCCACCGGCACCCCCAACGCCCAGCAUUUAUGAUGACAUCAACUGACUUGGGUGCAAGGAAUAGCCUUUGGCUGAGCAGAGCCCUCUCUCCCGACCCCCACUCAGGUGGCAGAACCUGGCAAAUGGACAGCUGCUGGGGGUUUGGGCUUGGGAAGCUUGGUGGGCCAGGCGGGCAGAGGAUCCAAUUAUGCACCCCUGGGGGGUGGCAGGGUCCUCUGCAAUGGAGUACGGACCCUCGGCGUGCAGGACUCAGACCUGGACCUAUUAUGCCUUGGACAUAAGUUUGGUGGAGAGGCAGUUUUCCUAUUUAUUCUGUGAGUUACUGGAUGUCCAGCCAGGCCAGGGGCCUGGCUCGGGCACUGUGCCAGGGCACUGCCUGCCCCCCACCCCAGGAACUGGACUACGCCCUGCCGAGGGGCAUUGUGGCUAUCCGGGAGGCUGAGUCUGGAGGGAGCUCCCCCAGCUGCCCUCAGCAAUGUGAAUGGGUCCGGUGCUUGGAGCUGAGGGGCAGGGUUGGGCCGUGUCCUGUCUGUGCAGAACCCUAUCAGAUGCCCCCAUUCCUAGGGGUAAGCAGGCACAGUGUGCUGUCUGCUGAGGUUGGCAUACUGCCGCCACCUGCCCUGCCCCUUAAAGGGGUAGCCCUUUCCCCUCAGUCCCCAUGGGCCUCCUUGGCAGCAGGAGCUGUCCUUGUGUUGUUGGGUGCCAGGAAAAGGGCCUCCAGCCCUCCGCAGCUUCAAGGAAUGGGAAGGGGGAGGGUAGGAAGAGGGAGCUGUGUAUCAAAAUUACUCCCAGCUACCUUUCUUCCCUGCCCCAGGGCUGGUGAGGAGUGGGGCCCCAUGAUGAGAGGGAACGGUGCUGCUUUAUUUGAAAUGUUUUCUUACCUCAUUCCCUGCCCCAGGAAGGGGCCCAGCCUCACCCUCCUGGGGUGGCCCCAAUGUUCCUCCUGCCCACCCUGCCCUACUGCCCUACUGGGCAGCCCAAGUUUCCAGCUGCUGCUUGCCACCCCUUCUUCUACCAUGAUCAGCUUCAGUUCCUCUCCAUGCUCCUGCCUCCAAAGCCUGCCCUCUUUCCCCUUCCUCAGCCGCUUUUAAGUUAUUUAUUCUGUACUUGUGGUUUGGGGCUCUGAGGAAAUCCUGACCUUGUUCCCCACCCCCACCCCCCCACCCCUUUGCUUAGGUGGGAAGAGAGGGUAUUCUCUGUGUCUGGCUUGUUAGUGGAAGGGAAGGGGUGUCAUGCCAGUGCACCCACCUGCCUAGUCCCCACCUCCAGCGGGCAUCACCAUUCUAGGAGUGGAGUCAGGACAGACGUCUAGGCUGGAGCCGAGCUGACUGACAGGGUAGAGUUGACCUGGAGCCAUGUUUGCUGGACAUGUCCCCCGCCCGCCUCCCAGGAGGAGCCAUCCCACAUUUGGGUAGCUUGUACCCAGGACUGGUUGGACUGAUUCGGGUUAGGGACCCUAGAGAGUUAAGGGAACAACGGAGAGCUGCAAGGGCCUGUCCAGAACCCCAGCUACCCACUGGGGUGGUUCUGAUUGUGGCUGACAAACUGGUUACAAUUGGGUUUUUAACCCAAGAAUUGUGAUUAUUUUUUAGAAAGCCAAACACAUUUUGGCAGGAGUUAGGAUAAAUCCUGGGGCUUGGGCUCCGCUGCUCUUGACCCUCUGAUAGUCUUCUCGAAGGGGAAGCCAGAGGGAAAGGAGGAUCUCAGCCAGCCUCCAGCCUGCUUCCGAAGAAAGUCUUGGGAGUGGGUUGAAGGUGAAGGGAGGAAGGCCAAGGGGCCAAUCUUCCUUGUAAGAAGCAGCUGCAGCUCAGGCCCUAAUGUACCCUUUCCCCUCUGGCUGCUCCCUUUCCCCCUUCUGGUUGGAGGAGGGAGAAGUGGGAAGUAGUUUGGGAACUGGUUUGUCCACAUCCGCUUCCCCAUUGUUCCUUGGCCCGCCCUCAGGGCAGAGCCCCCUGCCCAGGCUGGGUAAGAGAUGGGCUUGGUCCAGCAGGGACCCUGAGGGAACAAACCCCCCUUUCCUUUUGGGGAGAGUGCCCCCCCCCUACCAUGUAGUUGAACAGGGGCUAGGAGCUCCCCACUCCCCUCCCUCUUAACAGCAGGCUGUGUGGGUUUCAAUUCCCAUCCUUCCUACCCCCCAGCUAGGUGUCGUCCACCCUGUAUCCUAUCAUGUGUCUGAGUGUGCGUGGGGGGGGUUCUGUACUAAUUUCCAUGGCCGGUGGCUUUUCCUUCCAUGCAUCACUCCCCCCCGCAUGCCCAGGGGCCACCCGCCUGGCAUUACCGCAUGCUGGGGUCAUUGGGGGAGGGGGGUGGGGCUCACGCUGUCCUGUGGUCUUGAGAUUUUUAUUUUUGCAUAUGUAAUCCAUCCUGUACAGGUAGCUAACUUUGUAAACGCUGUGUAUUUCCCCUGCCCCCAUGGCUGCUGGUGUAAAUAAACUGCAUCUCCCGUUGGUA